CAAUCAUCUGGCUCGCGGACCAUUUGGGCCUCGCCCGCUGGCAGCUGGCUGGGGCAUGGCCAGAAUGCCCUCGAUCAGUUGCUGCCACGGCGGGCCAGGCGUGGCGGCAGCAUGCGGUCCCAGCCGUCCGCUGGCUGGCUGGCUUCCCGGCCUGCACCUCCAUCACUCUCCCCCAUCGCCCACCUCGACAUUUGCUGCUGCAGCGCCAAGAUCCAGUCAGUGUCAUGAGCGACCAGCCCGCAAGCAGCCCCGUUGUGGCGAUCUCACCGCCCAGUACGCCUUGCCAGCAGCGACCCUCGGUCGAGACCAAGCCCAAAGACUCCUGGGAUAUCCAGCCUGGCCCCAAUGAUGUUGCCAGGGUCCCGGAGCUGCCCCUUGAGUCUCCUCCCAGACAAGAGCCAACACCUGAAGCCGAUCAGGUCCCAGUGGAUCAGGAAGCGGAUCAGGAAGCGCCCAGCACCACCGGAGCCUCGGUGGUACUCUCCACGACAGCCAUCCUCGGCCAAACCGAUGCUGUCGACGAGCCCAAUGCCACGAGCAAGCUCAGCCAGGCACCCGAGGGAGCGCCAAGACCUGCCGAGGCAGAAGAAAAGUCUGUCGACGCUGAUAUUCUGCAGCAACCUCCUGUCCCCAAGAGCAACCAAAACCGGGUGCCCAAGUCGAGGAUAGCCAAGCUCAAGCGCAUCAACCAAGCCGCACAAACCUCCGAUAUCCGGCUCCUGCGCUCGCUGGCGUUGGGGCCGGGCGGCUUUCUGAACGAUGGAAUGCGCAAGCGUUGUUGGCCCAUGAUCCUCAAACAGCUUAGUGGCAAGGUGGAGCGGCCGUCGUCUUCAGAAUCCAGCACGAACCCGAGCCUGGACUCGGACUCAGACUCGGAUUCGAACUUGGACUUGGACUCGGGACCUACGGAGGCGCCAUUUGAACAUCAAGUGUCCCUGGAUGUGAGGCGUUCAUUCACCAACCUCAUUGAGGAGCAGGGCAGCAGCAACGCAGCCGUGCUGAAGAUGGACCAGCGACGGUCUGGGCUCACAAAUGUGAUCUCAACGGUUCUGCGGGACCACCCGUACCUCAACUACUACCAGGGAUUCCAUGAUGUCUGUAGCACCCUCUUGCUCGUUUUGGGCGAACAAGCGGCGACUGAGGCCGCCGAGCGCAUUGCUCUGUUCUGGCUCCGCGAUUCCAUGGAGACCAGUCUGGACGGUUGCAUGAACCAACUGCAGCUGGUGCUACCGCUGCUGAGCCUCGUCGACAAAGAGCUAUUCGAGUUCCUCAAUUCGAUUGAAUACUUUUUGCCGUACUUUUGCCUUAGCUGGGUGCUAACGUGGUGCAGCCACGAUGUCAUUGGCUACGCCAAGGCCGCUCGGCUCUUUGAUGCCUUUAUUGUCUCCGAUCCUCUGUUCCCGAUCUAUAUCUCCAUCGCCGUGAUUGUUAACCGACGAGCACAGAUCCUGGAACUCGAGCCCGAUUACAGCAUCGUUCAUUCAUACUUGACCAAGUUCCCCGAAGACAUCGAGCUCGACGAUGUGGUUGAAGAAGCCUGCAAGUACAUCGAGCUCUACCCGCCUCGGGUGCUGCAGCAACGGUUCGCCAUCAAUCUAGGCAAGGCAUCCUGCGUCAACUCGUUUCCCUACGACCUGCAGCGCUACCGCCAGGUGUCAUCCCAGCCGCCUCAUAUUCUUAUCAAGGCCCACCAGGACUUUAUCGUCCAGCAGAAAGAGGCCGGCAAGUGGCCGCCGUAUCUCAUGAUUACCUCAGCCACCACGACCCUGGCCCUAAGUGCAAUCGUCGUCAGCAUCCUGGCCGUGUAUCUCAGCUAUGGUGGCACCCAUGAUUUGUUCAUGCCCUUUUGAUCGAGGACAUAUACUGGUCGUCUGCAACCUGGGCUGUAGUUGUCACCGACGGGCUGGACUCGGGCUAUUUGCAUGAGUAUGCGUUGACGUUUGAGGGGGCUGCUGCUUUCAGACCGGAAGCCAGAGCUGUUCUGAAGCCGGCGGCGAUUGUACCGCUUGUAUACUGAUUGGCGUGUUGCCUCUACCUUCACUAUUUUCAUGUCUUUUCAUUUCCUCUCUUGGGCAAGUUGUCCCAACCGCAAAGCACGCUAUUUUUGCUGUGUUUCGAUAGACUUUACUGGGAACGGGAGCGAUCCUUGCCCUGUAGCACACACAAAGACUCGAUCAAUGACCUGAUAGCUUCGUCGAGGUACCGGCUCAAUAUAUCAGCGAUCCGGCCGCACCAAACCC